AAGGAGAGGGGCGGCUCGUCGCGGCAAGCUAUCCUCAAAUACAUAGUCGUCCACUACACCGUCCGCGCAGACGAGAAGGUUGUGAACACGCAGGUGAAGCUAGCGUUGAGAAGGGGCGUGAAGGAAGGCGAUCUGAGGCAGGUCACGGGCAGCGGUGCCUCGGGAAGUUUCCGCCUCGGCGACAAGAAGAAGAAGAAGAAAAACACGGAGAAGAAACCGAAGGCGGAGAAGACUGCCGCUAAGCCAAAGGAGAUGCCAGCCGAGGCGUCGCCGAAGAGACCCAAGAAGAAGAAAAUGUCUGCUGCGAAAAAGCUCGCGUCACCCACCAUCAAGGCGAAGGGUCGGAAGAAGGCAGACGCAGCCGUCGCCAUGGCGGGAAACACGCCGAAGGGUAGAAGGAAGCCAGCAGCAGGAGCCGCCGCCGCGGUCGCAGAUAACAAGGCGAAAAAGACCAAGUUGGUGGCAAAGAAAAGGAUCUCAAUGUCGGCAAAACCGAAAAACGUUCGCGUCGUCAAAAAAAAAACUUCGGCGCCAAAAAGCAAACCGGCGAAAUCAGCGAAGGACUGAGCACGCGCACGCGAAGGUAAAGCAGGGAAUAUCUCUCUCUCUCUCUCUCUCUCUCUCUCUCUCUCUCUGUCUCUG